GCCGAAGGGAUAAAAUUAAACCUUAUUGACCACUCAAAUUUCAAAGUUUAACUUGAUAGGGAACAUGAUUAUGUGAAAGAAAAUUGGAAUUACAAAGAAAGUGUGUUUAAUUUUUUAAAAAAUGUUUAAAAAAAAAGAAGAAGCUUAAAACUAAAACUGAAAAGGAGUUUGUGAAAUUUAACCCACAUAUAGGUUGAAUUGGACAUUUAUGAUUUAUAUUAUAUUUAAUUUAAUUACAUGUCAAAUAAAUAAGAAACGGUAUAAUUACCAUGAUACCGAAAGUAAACCUCCUCGUAUCAGUAAUACCAAGAUUGAACUUUUGAGCUUAACCAUCUUUUAGUCUGCUCAAAAGAAAAGGAAAAAAAGGAAAACUGAAAGGGAGUGAAUAGCACUCUUUUUCGAACCGAUUGGGGGACCCAAAAAGGGAGAAUCUUAGGUGAGAUCAGAUUAGAGUAAUAAAAUCCUACUAGUUCCAGAUAGAAAAGGUACUUGUUGGGAUUAAAUUUAGAUACAUGUGUUGUGUUUUGGGUAAUGGCCAAGAAUAGUAAGGAAUAGGGGAGAGACAGACAUGGACAAGGACAACUGUACAUCAAAUAAACAAGCAAAAAGGAAGGUAACAGGAAGGAGAUGGGAACUUGGGAGAGACAUGAAGCAUAUAAACCGUAAUAGUCUAAUUUGCUUCCUUCCGGUUUCCCCAUUACAAGUCAAAACCUGUUGUGGGCCAAACCAACACUACAUUCUCUCACUCCCAGGCUCAACAGUGCCACUAAAACCAGGAUGCUUAGUAGCCGAGGAGGACAUGGACGGGAAAGAAAGAGAACGGGACUGAGAGGUGUCCUUCACUAAUGCAAAAUGUUCUUUUGUACGGCCUUUUCUUUAAUCAAGGAAAAAAAAAAAAAAAAGUGGAACUUUGAUCAUCCCUGCUCAUUUUUUUGUUAAUUAAAGAAAAUGUUGUUACAAAGAACAGUGCUAGUGUAAUAGUGUUGUUCAACCUUGUUAUGUGCUUCGACAUUAAGCAUUAAGGUUUAUACUUGUUCUCAGGUUUCGUUACGAUUUAGAUUAGGAAGAAAAGUUUUGACAAGCUAGCUACGCAAGGAUUUUUGAAAAUGGGUUUCAUUUGCUCUCUUUAUCUGACUUGAAUCACAAUUCAUAUACCUCGUUUUCAUACUUCAUGGUUUUUUUUUUUUUUUUUUUUUUUUUUUUCAUAUUACUGUGGUUUCAAGUGACCUACUCUACUACCAUCCUUGUCAAUUUGAGAGCUGGUGUCUGGCUCUGAUUGUUUUCUUUGGUUCAAACGGAAAAUGACAUUUUCAAGUUUCUUCUUCAUUUCAUUGCCACUUCAUAAUCUUUAAAUAUAUAUUGUUUUGCUUCCAAAAUAAAGCUUACAACUGACAGGGCAAGACAGUGUGUUUAAUGGUUGAUUGAAUCAAAUAGAGCAGGUGACAUUUGCUUUUCUUUUGCAUAUCCAAUAAGCGUUUGAAUCUACUGUCUUUUGCAGCAAUAUGAUAUUUUGCAUGGUAAAUUUUUCAAAUUAAGAAUUUGCAAGAACAUCAUUAAGUAAGUCAUUUCCAGGGGAACCAAUGCAUCCUUCUGCUACUAAUCAUGGACUGCUGGUCCACCAUACCAUGCUUUUACAGUUUACUUAAUGUUUAAGGUAUUGCUUAGUAAGGACCGCCAUUUAUCCACAAUUUAUUUUAAUGUAGGCCCAUCAUAUAUUUGAGAGCUUGAAACAAUCGUCGAUAUGAAGCUCCUAGAUCUCUUUUUAGUUGCUUCUAUGCCAGUCUUGAAAGUGCUAGUCUUGACAGCACUUGGCUUAUUUCUUGCACUGGAUCGCGUUGAUGUAUUGGGAGAGAAUGCGCGGAAGCAAUUGAAUACUAUUAUAUUUUUUGUGUUCAAUCCAGCACUUGUCUCUAGCAACCUGUCCAAAGCUAUUACUCUUGAAACUGUUAUUUUAAUGAGGUUCAUGCCAUUGAAUAUCCUUGCUACUUUUGUAAUUGGCUCAGCACUAGGAUGGCUACUCAUCAAAAUCACAAGACCUCCUCAACGCCUGAAGGGUCUCGUAUUGGGUUGCUGUGCAGCAGGAAACUUGGGAAAUCUGCCUCUGAUUAUCAUUCCAGCAGUAUGUAAAGAGAAAGGCAGUCCAUUUGGAGCACCAAAUAUCUGCUACACGUAUGGAAUGACUUAUGCUUCACUUUCACUGGCGAUAGGAGCCAUUUUUUUGUGGUCUUAUGUUUACAACAUUGUGCGGAUUUCAUCAAGCAAGGUCAGCAUAAUUGUCAAUUCGGAUGAGUUAACAAGCAGAGUGGAUUCUAUUGGAACAACAUCGGAAUUGCACCAAGGAAACUGUUCAUCAACACUAAUUCCUCCAAAUCAUAUUGGUUCUGCCUCUCCGAACCAUGCAUAUAAAUCAGCGCUUCCUUUUGCAAAAUACAAUGGAACAAAGAAGGUUCCAUCAAGCUUAGGACUCUCAAAUUUCCAAGGUUCAAUCUUAGAGAAGAUCAAGCAUUGUUUAAGGAUGUUUUCGAACAAGAUAAAUCUGAAGAAAUUGUUUGCACCCUCAAUUAUUGGAGCGGUUGUCGGGUUUAUCAUCGGUAUGGUCCCCCAGCUCCGAAAUAUUAUGAUUGGCAGUGGUGCUCCUCUUAAUGUGGUUCAUAACUCGGCUUCUUUAUUGGGUGAUGUGGCACUCCCAACUGUCACUUUGAUAAUGGGAGGAAACCUUCUUAAAGGCUUGAAAAGUUCAGGUACUUUGCUGUCACUCAUUUUGGGAAUCAUAGCAGUCCGGUACAUCGCCUUGCCUCUUUUGGGCAUUGUAAUUGUUCGAAGUGCAACACAUUUUGGUCUUGUCCACUCGGAUCCGCUUUAUCAGUUUGUUCUUCUGCUGCAGUAUGCACUCCCACCAGCAAUUAACAUUGGUACCAUGACUCAACUGUUUGGAGCUGGAGAGAGUGAAUGUUCAGUGAUUAUGCUUUGGACAUAUGCUUUGGCAUCCGUCUCACUGACGCUCUGGUCGACCUUCUUCAUGUGGCUAGUGGUAUAACGUACGGUUUUUGAGUACUUUGACCACGGAAACUCCUUUUUUCGACCCCUUUUUUUUUUAAUUUAUUUUGGAAAUAAUUAUAAUACAGACUUCAAAUAAAAUAAUAUAUAUUUUAAAUAUUAUCGAAUUUUAUUUAACAUUUAGUGCCAUCAUAUCAAUGAUGGUAUUUUCCUCCUAAUCAUUGGAAAAAAGUUUGAUCCGAUGAACGCAAAAGUCGAGAGAAGAGACGAAGUUAUUACUGCCCUCUCCACUGCCAGACCAAUUACAUCACAAUAAUUCUUUUUGUUUUUUUUUGGGUUUUUGGUAAACAAUUACUUCGCAAGUUAAUGAUGUUAUUUUCAUCCUUAUCGUCCUUUCCACUAAGUGGGCUACUGGGUGUAAUGA